GUUUCACGUCGGAGACAAAUGCGCGUCGGACCCUCGCACCAGGCGAGGACCUGCCGCACAGUGUAAACAGUCCGAAUUUGAAACGUCCCAGUCAGUUUUUGCAGCGUGAGCGUCGUCGUGGGAGCUUUGUGCCGAUUAGCCGAGAGCAGAUGAGUUGUCUCUGAAGCGGACGUGUCGAGUUCGUCGCGUAUUUUCUGACAAGAUGUUUGCCAAACCGUUCCGUGUCAAAUCCAACACCGUGAUCAAAGGAUCAGACAGGAGAAAGCUCAAAGCUGAUGUAUCUGCAGCUUUUCCUUCACUUUCUGCUGAUGAGCUGUCAGAGCUGGUCCCCAACAAAGAGGAGUUAAAUGUAGUGAAGAUUUAUGCACAUAAAGGCGAUGCUGUGACGCUUUAUGUUCUUCACAAAAAUCCACUGUUCUUUGAGCUGGAGAAACAACUCUACCCCACAGUGUAUGUGCUUUGGCGCUAUCCUGCUCUCCUGCCAACAUUUAGGACAUGGCCUCCUGUGCUUCAGAAGCUUAUUGGAGGCGCAGAUCUUAUGCUGCCAGGCUUAGUUGUGCCGUCAAAUGGUCUCCCAGACGUCAAACGGGGAGACUGCUGUGCUGUUACAGUAGUGAACAAUGGAGCUCCUGUUGCAGUCGGCACAGCUGCAGUGUCCAGUGCAGAGAUGCGCAGUUCUGGCUUGAAAGGAAGAGGAGUGUGUGUUCUCCACACGUACAUGGAUAAUCUCUGGGCUUUUGGAGAAAAGUCAGGUCCACCUUCUGUACCAGAUGCAGGGGGCGAAGGACAAGGGGUGAAUGGAGAAGAAUGCACAGCCGAGGAUGAUGAGGAGGAGGAGGAGGAGGAGGAGGGUGAGCUUAAGUGUGUGGCAGAAGAACAGAAUCCUGGUGAAACAGAUCAAGUCUGCUCUGGUACUCAGGAGCUGAGCCUGACUGAGCAGCAGGAAGGGAAGGGAGAAAAGGGCAACGAAGAAAAGGAGGAGAACCAGGAUGACCAGAAAAAGCCACAAGAGAUAAUGGACGCCUUGCUGGUGCAGUGUUUUCUGCAUGCUCUGAAGAGCAAGGUGAAGAAGUCGGAGCUCCCUUUGCUUACCAGUACAUUUCUCCGCAUCCACAUGUUCUCCUGCUGCCCAAGUGGAAAGCAACUUGAUAUCAAGAAAUCCAGCUAUAAAAAGCUGUCCAAGUUUCUUCAGUCCAUGCAACAGCAGCACAACCUUGUGCGGGUAAAAGAACUGACUAAGGGCGUUGAGAGCAUUGUGGAGGUGGACUGGAAAAAUCGAGAACUGCGUUUCUUCAAAGCUCCCGAGGAGACGGACGAGGAAGCGGCUCCCACGCAGCAUGGAGGGGAAGAAGAAACUCUGUACCGUCCACCUGAGAUCACAACUCAGUACUCUGUGUCUGCUCGGCUGGAGCCUCUCUUCCUGGAAGCAAACAAGAGGAAAGGAACAAUCCUGCAGCCUGUUGAAGUGAGAAGUAUUGUCACAGAGUAUGUGAAGAACAAUGAUCUGGUGGAUGGAAAUAAUAAAAAUUACGUGACCAUAAACCCGACCCUAUGUGACUGCUUGCUGGAGAAAUCCGAGUACCAGGAGGUAGAGUCUCUCAAGUGGGAUGACCUCUUUAGCAGGACUAUGGGGAGAAUGCAGGAGUGUUGUCAAGUUGUGUUCCCUGGACAAAAGCCCAUAAUAAAGAAGGGCCACAUUGAGCCCAUAGACAUCUCUGUGGCUUCUCGAGGCUCCAACAAGAAGGUGACAAUAAUAAAGAACCUGGAAGUGUACCAAUUGGAUCCUGCGGUUGUGGCCACUGCUCUGCAGCACAGAGUCCAGGCAAGCUCCGUUUUACAGCCCAAUCCUGGGGCCAAGGAUAAAGUCCUUGUUCUCAUCCAAGGCAACCAGAUUCACCAAGUGGGCAGUUUGCUGUUAGAUCACUAUCAAAUUCCUCGCAGGUACAUCCAAGGACUAGACAAAGCUCUUAAAGGUGGCAAGAAGAAGUAGAAUUUCUACCGUCUUAAAAGUUGUUUGUAUGUAAACACAUCGACACCAAACUGUUGACCAUUCAUGUAAUAAAGCUGAUUCCCUGUCAACUUCUAAA